AUGGAAAUGAUAGCCGUUAAACCCCACGCCCAUUUCUUUAAUUUAAAUACCAAGAUCAUAACCAAGAAGCAAUUCACAGAUGUUUUUAUCCAGUGCCAAUCAUCUAGAAGAAAGUGCUUUUGUAUCAAUAUGGGAUAUGAUCCUCAGAAACUUCCUGGCAGGCCCACUAAUAAGUACUUAUUUACCGUUGCAGCUGCAUCAUCAGGUGUGAAAGAUGUUGAAGUUUCUUCUCCAUUUGAAGACUUUACUAUUACUACCAGCAGUGUUGAUAAAACUAAUGAAUUAAAGAUAAGUGUAGAGGUAUCUGGCAUUAAAACCCAACAAAUAUUUGACAAUGUGUUCUCCAAGAUGGUUGCUGAUGCUCAGCCAAUUCCAGGAUUUCGAAGAGUAAAAGGAGGGAAGACUCCUAAUAUACCCAGGGACAUUCUUUUGGAAAUUCUUGGUCCCUCAAAAGUUUACAAGCAAGUAAUUGAGAAAGUAAUUAACAGUACGAUAGCAGAAUAUGUAGAUAAGGAAGGUUUAAGAGUUAGCAAAGAUUUGCGGACCGAACAGAGUUUUGAAGAUCUUGAAGAAAUGUUUGAACCUGGUGAUGAAUUUAGAUUUGAUGCAAUUGUCCAGUUUUUAAAUUCAAGCUGA